CAUCGCCAUCCAGCCCUGUGCGCCGGCUUGAGCCAUAAUGUCGUCCGAUUACCAGCUCUCGAUAACGCCCGUGAAGCUGUCGCAGCUGCCGUCGGAAGAGACGAUCGCUGCGCUCGGCGAGGCCCUGCUGGACUCAACCAAGUCUUGGAAGCAAGGCAAGACGUUCCAAAAGGGCACCGUGAAGACGAGCUCGCGCCCAAAGGGCCCGCAGGACGGGGCGCCCUGGCACUGCCGGGUCAGCGAGCACGCGCCGGAGGACGCGACGUUCGACGAGUUCUGGAGCAAGCUGGGCGAGGACAAGGCGAACAACGAGAUGCAGUACGUCCCGGAGAUCAAGAAAGUGACCCUCAUCAAGGAGAUCUCGCCGACGCAGUCCAUAUGGUCGCUAUACUACACCUUCCCGCCGCCCGUGUCCCCCAGGGUCUUCACGGUUCUGCAGACUAAGCACUUGGUCGCGGAGUCUCCGAAGAAAGGCCUGAUCAUCUCUACGCCAGUGGAUCUCUCCGAGGACACAGAACUAGCGAAGCUCGAAGAGAAAGGUGUCAAGGGACGCUACGUGAGCGUCGAGCUCCUCCAGGAGCUGGAUAACGGUAAGGUCGAAUGGCGGAUGGCCACCUCCAGCACGCCCGGCGGCAACAUUCCGUCUUUCGUUGCUGAGUCUACCAUGGACAGCACCAUUGCCAAGGAUGUAACGCAUUUCUUGCAUUGGUUCCAUACAGUGCGGGCGAAGCCUCAGGAAUCUGCCGCGGCCGCAUGA